AUGCCCGCUGACACAACCUUUCCCAGAUGCGCACGACUGAAGCUUCAUUGUGCUGGGUAUCAAGAUGUCUUUAGAGCCAGUAAUCUCUCGCGAAAACGUUCUGCGACUCCAGCCCACAAGCCUAGCCACUCAGCCGCCAGCCUCGAGCGCCAACUUAGCAUCUUUCCCGGAAGUGACGAUGAGCGUCGGCUGUUUGAAUAUUUCCGCAACAGAGUCGUCUUUCAGCUAGGCGGUAUCCUUGACGAAGACUUUUGGAUCACGACGCUUCUACAGGCUUCUCACUCGGAGUCAUUGAUCCGUUAUUCAGCAAUUGCCAUUGCAGCAUAUAUUGACCAACGCAACAGACAUUUCAGAGCGACAAGGCCCCAGCAAUCUUGCAAUGCCGCUUUGAUAUACUACCAAAAUGCCCUUUGUAAGGCAAAUCAACGUACAGAACCUGUCGACCCGGAACUUGUGGCGAUACUCAGUUGUCCCCUCUUUCUUUGCUUGGAAUUCCUGCAGGGCAAAAAGCUGCAGGCCAUGUCCCUUUUCCUACAUGGACACAUUCUGAUGCAGUCUUACGAAAGGGGAACUCAUCGCCACUCUGCUACAUCUGGCUGGGCAACCGUUAACGAGACUCUACGUCCUAUGUACAACAGACUUAUGAUGAUGGCAAAGCUGUUCGGCCACAACUUCCCAAUCAACUAUUCCAAGCUGCCAUUUCCGUCUAGUCCGAUUCCAACACUAUCCGCUUUCAACAGCCUCAAAAGCGCCCGAGAUAUCCUUUUCCAGCACUUGGUCGUCGCGCACGAAUUUGUCAAGGGCUUGAACUCUACGACCUGUACGUCGUUUUCGACGCACAAACACUAUUUGCAGCGACAGGAAAAGCUGAUCUCCCAGCUGGAUAAAUGGCACAGCGACUUUCGUCAAAUGUGUGGGAGCCUCGACGAUCCGGACCAUGCUGUGAUCGCGACGCUGAGCAUGUGGCAUGCCACCGCAGUGAUCUGGUUAAGAAACCCGCUCGAGGGCUUUGAAAUGUCGUUCGAUGAAAGCCGAGACUAUUUUCAGGUCAUCGUCGAAAAAGCUAGUCAGGCUCUUGCUACUAGGCAACCAAUCCAUGACGUCUUCACGUUUGAGAUGGGAGUGUUGCCGCCGCUGUAUUUCACAGCUCUGAAAUGUCGGCACUUCUCCUUGCGCAAAGAGGCAUUACGCCUGAUAGGAAAUAGUCCAAGGAGGGAGGGACUUUGGGACAGAGAAGAAUUGCUUACUGUCGCAUCACGGGCAUUUGCACUUGAAACGGCAGCUCAAUCCGACCUCACUUCCUUGCCCUCAGAACCUGAGCGUUUGCUCAAGGUGAAGAUUUUUCAGCAAGACGCCAGUCAUGAACUCAAGGCUGCCUUUAAUUACAGAAAUCGUAAAAUCGAACAAGUCUGGAAUCAAAUUAUACAAUAG